UCCUCUCGGCCUUGGCCGUGUGUCCCUAUCGAUCCUUGGAAGGAUGGCUCGUGUUCAGUGGUACCGAUCGAUUGGACAAAGAAAGUCGGCGAGAUUCGGCCCCAAAGGACUUCGAAAGCCUCCAACAUGAAGCGAAAAAUUUGGAAAUUUCGAUUGGCAUCACAAGUUCCGACAGUCGCACAAAUGAUAGUGACAGCAAACCGAUUAAUGAUUUUGACGAGGACGACGACAGAUCCGUGGAUUUCGACGUCGACAAGAGUCCGUCGGCCACAAAGGCGAUCGGGGUCACACCGAUGUGGACCGAAUUCCCACCUUUUUUCACAAUAUUUAAGACACUGACGCAGCAGAUCGAUUAUUAUCGAAGUGAUGUUGAAAAUUUUAACCAGUACCUUAUGGAAAGGAGGCGCAAGUUAUUGGAUGCGGAUGAGGAGAUCGACGAGGAUUUCUUCAAGCGACCCAGAAG